GGCCGGGGCAGGUCGCACUCGCUGCCUUCUCCCCUGAAGAGAGACGCGGGGGGAGGGGGGUGCGGCGAGCGGCUCCGCGCUCUCCCCACCGCUCCGCUCGCGCCCCAGUGUAAUGAGGGUCACCCCCUCCCCCCAGCCGGCCCGGGAGGGGGCGCGGGGCACGGUUGAUGCUGGCCCAGGAUGGAUCAGACCUGUGAACUACCUAGAAGAAAUUGUCUGCUGCCCUUUUCCAAUCCAGUGAAUUUAGAUGCCCCUGAAGACAAGGACAGCCCUUUCGGAUGAUCCAGACUCCAGUACCAGUACAUUAGGAAACAUGCUAGAAUUACCUGGAACUUCAUCAUCAUCUACUUCACAGGAAUUGCCAUUUUGUCAGCCCAAGAAAAAGGCUACGCCGCUGAAGUAUGAAGUUGGAGAUCUCAUCUGGGCAAAAUUCAAGAGACGCCCUUGGUGGCCCUGCAGGAUUUGUUCUGAUCCGUUGAUUAACACACACUCAAAAAUGAAAGUUUCUAACCGGAGGCCCUAUCGACAGUACUACGUGGAGGCUUUUGGAGAUCCUUCUGAGAGAGCCUGGGUGGCUGGAAAAGCAAUCGUCAUGUUUGAAGGCGGACAUCAAUUUGAAGAGCUACCUGUCCUUAGGAGAAGAGGGAAGCAGAAAGAAAAAGGAUAUAGGCAUAAGGUUCCUCAGAAAAUUUUGAGUAAAUGGGAAGCCAGUGUUGGUCUUGCUGAGCAGUAUGAUGUUCCCAAAGGGUCGAAGAACCGAAAAUGUGUCACCAGUUCACUCAAGUUGGACAGUGAGGAGGAUAUGCCGUUUGAGGACUGUACAAAUGACCCUGAAUCAGAACAUGACCUGUUGCUUAAUGGCUGCUUGAAAUCUCUGGCUUUUGACUCUGAACAUUCUGCAGAUGAGAAGGAAAAACCUUGUGCUAAGUCUCUAGCCAGAAAGAGCUCUGAUAAUCCAAAAAGGACUAGUGUGAAAAAGGGCCACAUGCAAUUUGAAGCACAUAAGGAAGAACGGAGGGGAAAGAUUCCAGAGAACCUUGGCCUAAACUUUAUUUCUGGGGAUGUAUCUGAUAAGCAGGCCUCUAAUGAACUUUCCCGGAUAGCAAACAGCCUCACAGGGCCCAGCUCUGCCCCAGGAAGUUUCCUAUUUUCUUCUUGUGCAAAAAACACUGCAAAGAAAGAAUUUGAGACUUCAAAUUGUGACUCUUUACUGGGCUUGUCUGAGGGUGCCUUGCUCUCUAAACGUUCUGGGGAGAAGAAGAAACUCCAGCGAGGUCUGGUGUGUAGUUCAAAAGUGCAGCUCUGCUAUAUUGGAGCAGGUGAUGAAGAAAAGCGAAGUGAUUCCAUUAGUAUCUGUACCACUUCUGAUGAUGAUGGAAGCAGUGAUCUGGAUCCCAUAGAUCAUAGUUCAGAGUCUGAUAACAGUGUCCUUGAAAUUACAGAUGCUUUCGAUAGAACAGAGAACAUGUUACCUGUGCAGAAAAAUGAAAAGGUAAAGUAUUCUAGGUAUCCUGCCACAAACACUAAGGUAAAAGCAAAGCCGAAGACCCUCAUUACUAACUCACACACAGACCACUUGAUGGAUUGUACCAAGACAGUAGAGCCUGGAACUGAGACGUCUCAGGUUAAUCUCUCUGAUCUUAAAGUGUCAACUCUUGUCCGAAAACCCCAAUCAGAUUUUAGAAAUGAUGGUCUUUCUCCAAAAUUUAACACACCAUCAAGCAUUUCCAGUGAGAACUCAAUAAUAAAAGGUGGGGCUACAAAUCAAGCUCUGUUACAUUCGAAAAGCAAACAGCCCAAGAUCCGAAGUAAGUGCAAACAUAAAGAAAACCCAGUUGUAGUAGAACCGCCUGUUGCAGAUGAGGACUGCAGUUUGAAAUGCUGCUCUUCUGAUACCAAAGGCUCUCCUUUGGCCAGCAUUUCCAAAAGUGGGAAAGUGGAUGGGCUAAAACUACUGAGCAACAUGCAUGAGAAAACCAGGGAUUCGAGUGACAUAGAAACAGCAGUGGUGAAACACGUUCUGUCAGAGUUGAAAGAACUCUCUUAUAGAUCCUUAAGUACUUAG